UCUAAAGCCACAGGGAAAAUGGUGGAAAAUUCACCGUCUCCAUUGCCAGAAAGAGCGAUUUAUGGCUUUGUUCUUUUCUUAAGCUCCCAGUUUGGCUUCAUCUUGUAUCUCGUGUGGGCAUUUAUUCCUGAAUCUUGGCUAAACUCCUUGGGAUUAACCUAUUGGCCUCAAAAAUACUGGGCAAUUGCAUUGCCCGUCUACUUCCUCAUUACUAUAGUAGUUGGUUAUGUACUCUUAUUUGGAAUAAACAUGAUGAGUACCUCUCCACUCAACUCCAUUCAUACAAUCACAGAUAACUAUGCUAAAAAUCAACAGCAGAAGAAAUACCAAGAAGAGGCCAUCCCGGCAUUAAGAGAUAUUCCUAUUAGUGAAGUAAACCAAAUGUUCUUCCUGGCAACUAAAUAACUUUAUGCCAAAAACUAAAUUGUAUGGAGACUAACACCGAGCGUUUACUAUAAUUUUUUAUAUAAUAAUUUUGACCAUAAUUAUUUUGACUCUCUCUCGUACCCAGUAUUGAAAUGGAAACAAAGUAAGUUGAUUCUUUUAGAUUAAGUUAUAUUAAUAUUAUAAAAGUUCUUGAGUAUUAGUUAUUAAUGAACAGAAUAAAUAAAAUACUGCAUUA